AUGAAGUCAUUCGCGUACUUGGUAUUUUCAUUGAUUUGUCUAGGUCAGCUGGCCUCCAGCGACAAGAUAAUCAACUGUUAUUGGGGCACUUGGGCCAACUAUCGUCCGGGAGAUGGAAAAUUUGAGCCCUCCAACAUAGAUCCUUCCCUGUGCACGCACAUUAGCUACACGUUCUUUGGCAUCAGCGACUCGGGCGAGUUCAAGUCCCUGGACACAUGGCUGGACAUGGAUGAUGGUCUGGGUUUCAUAAGCAAGACAAUUGCUUUGAAACAGGUGAAUCCCAAGCUGAAAGUAUUGGCUGUGGUGGGCGGAUGGAAUGAAGGCUCCACCAAAUACUCGGCUAUGGCUGCUGAUCCAGCAAAAAGGGCAACCUUUAUUUCCUCCACAUUGUCCUUCAUCCAGCAAUACGGCUUCGAUGGUCUGGACUUGGACUGGGAAUAUCCCGGACAACGCGGCGGCAAUGAUGCGGAUCGAGCCAACUUCGUUACGCUUCUGCGGGAAAUUAAGGAAUCAUUUGAUCCGCACGGCCUGGAAUUGGGCAUUGCUGUGGGUGCCUCUGAAGCCUCUGCGACCAUUUCCUACGAUAUUCCGGCCAUUUCUCAGCAUUUAACAUUCAUUAAUGUGAUGACCUAUGACUUCCACAUGGCACUAGAUGGCUAUUUGGGCUUCAAUGCUCCAUUGCCAGAGGUGGAAAAGUCUAUCGACUACUGGCUGCAGCAAGGUGCGCCGGCUGAGAAGCUUAUCCUGGGCAUUGGCUUCUAUGGACACAGUUACCAGAUGGUGGACAGCUCCCAAAACCAGCCUGGCGCAGCCUGCAUUGGACCCGGUAACGAAGGUGUCUAUACGCGCGAGAAAGGCUUCCUGGGCUACCAUGAAAUUUGCCAAAACAACUGGCAAACUGUAUUUGAUGGCGAGAAUAAGGCUCCAUACGCUUUCCAAGGCGAUCAGUGGAUUGGCUACGACAAUGUUGAAAGUAUUGAACUCAAGAUGCAAUUGGUAGCGUCACGAAAUUUGGGCGGCGCUAUGACCUGGUCCAUUGAGACCGAUGACUUCCGUGGCCUCUGCGGAGAGGCAUACCCCUUGCUGAAGACCAUGAACAGAGCCCUAGGAGUCGAUGUAGGAAACGGCGGUGGUGGCGGAGGCGGUGGCAGUGUGACUCCGGCACCUACACCUAGCCCGGCACCUACACCUAGCCCGACUCCAGGAGGUGGCGGUGGAGGUGGUUCCAACGAGAGUUGUUCAACUGAUGGCUACUUCCUGCACAGCAGCGACUGCAGUCGUUACUAUCAGUGCGUAGAUGGCAUUCGCUAUGACUUCCAAUGCGGGGGUGGACUUUAUUUCGACGUUAGCUCAUUGAACUGUAACUGGGCCUCCGAAGUCGACUGCCCCUACUAA